CCGUCAUAAUCAUAAAUGACUGUUUCUUUGAACAAAUAAGGGCAAAGAAAAAAUGGCAAGUGAAAAAAAGAUCAAAACUACGACGAAACGCGGAAAAUCCGCAGAAGAAAUUUUUGCAGGCUUUCAAACUCUGCGAAAUGAACAAAGAUUGAUGGCUAAUAAACUAACUGAAAUGGAAAUGGAGCUAAAUGAACACAAAAUUGUCAUCGACACUUUAAAAACUGUAGACCCCAAAAAAAAGUGUUACAGAAUGAUAGGUGGAAUCUUAUGUGAACGCACAGUUCAAGAAGUAAUGCCAGCAUUAGUUUCAAAUAAAGAACAGUUAACGAAAGUCAUAGAAACUUUGAACGAACAAUUAACAAAGAAAGGAGUCGAAAUUAACGAAUACAAGGAGAAACAUAAUAUAAGAAUUCGAGGCCAAGAUGAAAUUCCUCAACAAGAUGAUGAUUCCAAAGAAUCGAAAAGAAAUGCAAUAGUCGUAAAUCCAAUUGAAGUUUAAUUACCUCGUGAAAUUCGCAUCUCUAAAAAUUGAAAUUCAUGUGUGAUAAUAAUGUUCAUUAACUUCCCAUUUUCAGCAUUUAUUUAUUAAAUUUUUUGGACAUCAGCAAAUCUUAAAAACUCGCGUGUUUUUUUUUUUUUUUUUUUUUGUUUUUAAAAAAGAACUUUUAUCAUCACUUUGUUAAGCACAUUGUAGAUUUAAGAUAAUCUUAAUAAUUGUCAAGAAAUUAAAAUAUUUUCAACUAUUAUUUGCUAAUGUUAAUUAAAUUUAGCGAAAGAAAAAACACAAUGUUUAAAAAUAAAAAGUUGCAUUAUUUAAAUUCGCUCACAAAUAAAUACGGCUUAAGUCCUUUGGAAUUGUACUAAAACAAAAAAAUGAAUAAAUUUUAUAAUCAUUGUUUAA